AUGAACACAUGGGCUGUACACGCGGUGUAUACGACACCACCCGCACCGCCGCCGAUGAUAGCCUUCACGCGCAUGGAAUACGCGGCGCACCCCGCCGUCGACGUCACGCCCACCCACCGGCGGCGACGGAUGGCGACGCGCGCGACGACCGCGCCCGCGGCGCGCGCGGGCGAUGGACGCGCGCGAUGGACGCGCGAUGGCGCGCGUCGACGCAUCGUCUCGCGCGCGAGCGAUCGCGGCGGUGAGGCGAACGCGAAGGACGCGAGCGCGGGGAAGGGCACGCGGGGCGGGGGGCGGGACGACGGGACGACGAAACGCGCGAUCGACGCGAUCGACGCGGCGGGUGGACGAUUGACUGGGCGCGUCGAGGUGGUGAAUCGCGGUGGGGUGAUCCUGCGAGCGACCCCGGGUGGAUUCACGGCGUUUCUGCCGAAGAGCCAGAUGCGGUCGACGCGCCUGCGCGGCGGGCGCGGAGGGUCGGCGAGCGAGGCGGAUGAGAUGAAGACGCUGGAGGGACAGAUCGGUAAACUGAUCGAUGUGAAGCUCAUGGAUUGCAGUGGGAAUAGGAUCGUGGUCAGUGAGCGGGCGUUGUUGCAGGAGGGCGCGGUGGAGAAGCUGCCGGCGGGCGAGGUGAAGGAGGUUGUCGUGACGUCCCUGAGCGACUUUGGCGCCUUUGUCGAGGUGUGCGACGGACAAGGCGCGGCGAGCGGGCUCGAGGGAUUGGUACACAUCUCUGAAAUCUCUUGGAAUAGGAUUAGUCACCCGAGAGACGCCGUCAAGGUGGGUCAGCGCGAGUUCGUGAAGGUUUUGGAGGUCAACGGCGAAACCGGACGCAUCAACUUCAGCAUAAAGCAGACGCAAGCCGAUCCGCUCAUGGAGACGCUGGAGACGAUCAUGCCGGUGACGAUGCCCGAACCGUCGAUUGACGAGGAUGAUCUGAGCGAGAUUCCGCUCCCGGGUCUCCCGGACAUCUGUAGCUCGCUCCUCAAGGAGGAGGGCAUCGACGCCGUAAUCCCGGGUCGUCAGGCGACGGAGCAACGCGUGGUGAGCCAAGACUUGGAGCUGUGGCUCACGAACGUGUUCGUCGAGGACGGCUACAACCUACUCGCGCGCGCUGGCCGCCAAGUGCAAGAGAUUCACGUCGUGACGAAGCUCGAUCGUGAGUCCAUUAAGCGCGCGAUCAAGCGCGCAACCUCAGUGGCCAAGAGCACGUAA